AUGGCACAACAAUUUGACAUAUAUGAGAGGAUGAGGGCUAUUCUAAUUGACUGGCUUCUUGAGGUAUACCACACUUACGAUCUUAGGGACGAGGCAUUGUUUCUUACUGUAAACCUAAUAGACAGAUUUUUAGCAAAGCAAACUGUAGAGAGAAAGAAGUUACAGCUUGUUGGUUUGGUAACUAUGCUCUUGGCUUCAAAAUACGAUCAUUCAUUUAUGCAUCUUGUGGAGACAAACUGGCGAAGGCCCAAGGGUAUUGAUUCAAGUGUGAGGAGAAAGUUUAAAGGAUGCACCCUUAUGCCAAACAUUGGUUACGGUUCAGACAAGAGAACCCACCACUAUCCCCCAAAUGGAUUUAAGAAAUUUGUUAUUCACAAUGUCUCAGAACUGGAGGUUUUAAUGAUGCACAACAUUACUUACUGUGCGGAGAUAGCACACAAUGUCUCUACCAAGAAAAGGAAGGAAAUUGUCGAGCGUGCAGCACAGUUUUAG